AUGUUUGAACAGGGGAAGAGCAAUAGCGAUAUUUUGUUUAAAAAAUCGCUUAGAUCUGGAAAUAAAUCAGCUAAACUUACAAAAAAACAUCCUUAAUACUAUGAAGGUGAUACCAUACAAAAAUAAUUAUCACAGAUUGUUUUCGAAUUUUAAAAUAAGAAUAAUUCAUUUGAUCUUGCCAUAUAAUUACUCACUGAAGAAUCCAGUAUAUUGCGAUAACACCUAUCUUUUUAGGUAUUCAUUCCCGAAAUCAGAACACAAAUCGGUGAAAAACUCUUAAAAGAUAAUAAUUUAUGGAUCAUAAUUUUAGUUGUGUUUCACUCCUUAUGCAAAGAAAAAUCGAAAUAUUCAGAUUUCUUAAUGAGAAAUAUUCUAAAUUCUAUGUAAAAAACUUAUUAAGAUGAUAACAUAGUGAAAUAUAUUUAAUAAUAGGCAAAUUAGAUUAUUUCGAAAUCUGAAGAAGGCGAAUAACUUUUACAAAAUUAAUCUGCGUCUAAGGUUUCUAAAAAGCAACUUAGAGUAUAGUUUUAAGAAAAUAAAGAAAACUAAUAAAGUACUAGUAACCAUAAAAAAUUUUAAGUUUCAAAUCAAAUUGAAUGUAUUAAGGAAUAAGAAAACACAUUAUCGAAUGAAAAAUUAAAAAAAAAAAUUGAUGACUUGACUAAGUCAUUUUAAAAAUUGAAUAAUGAGGCUAUUGAAAAUAAUGAAAUAGGUGUUCCAUAGGUUGAAGAAAUUAUAAACGAAUAAGUUAAAGAAUUAGAAGAAGACCUCAAAAAUACACAUGAGUAAUCAAAUAAACAGCUAAGAUUGUCAUUAACUGAAAAACUCUUCUCUCGAUUAGGUUUUAAAGCCUGGAGAAGUGAAUAAAAAUAAAUAAAACCCAAUCCAAUUUAAACAAAAAUGAGAGGGAUUAGAUUAUUAGAUGGAUUGGAUUCAAGAGAACUUCAAACCAGUUAUGUGGCAAGAGUUGAGAAGAUUUUGAUUCCUAAUCUAAAUGAUAAUGGAUUGCAUUCAAUUGUCUAGGUAAGUUAUUGUUGUUAUCUUAAGUUAUCCGCAAAUAAUUCAUAAGAAUUAUUAGAAUGGGGAGUUUAUGCUAUCAUAUAGUUAAGCGAUUAAGAUUGCGCAAGUAAACAAUAUUUUGAAGAUAUGUAAUAUUAUAAAUAAUUGAUUGCCUUUAAAUUUAGAUAGGAGAAACAGAUUUACAUUCCUUUUGGUAAAUAUGAAAUUACAAUGUGA